CCUCCAUGUUUCAGAGCAGGUGUCGAGGGAAAAUAACUGGUGUCAGAGAAUAUGUUUAAGUUUGUGUGGAGGUGGUGGUGAUGGGGGUAGAUAUUCGUCCGGGGGGGAGGACCCACGCAGCCCGAGCAAAACGAGAGAGAGAAAAAGUUGUGUGAAGUUUUGUGAGUUCCUUGGUGGAAAACUUGUUGGUUCAGUCCGACGGUUGGUAACGGCCGCUGCGACGGCAGGAGCCCGGACUGACUGACAGACGGACGGAAGAUGGCGCGGCGUUGCGGCCGUGCCACGUCUCUUUUGAGCGGACAAAUCCACUUUUGUUCGAGAUCCGCGACGAAGUCCGCUGUUUGGAUGUGUUUGUGCCUUCUGUUCCGUUCCGCUGCAGAGGCCGGACUCUACACCGCCACCGACCAGAUCAUUUCUUUGACUCCGGACACGGUUCCGUCGGUUCUGGUCAACUCCACCGCCGUUAUACUGGUGGAGUUUUACGCUUCGUGGUGCGGACACUGCAUCUCAUUUUCUAAGACUUACAAAACUCUGGCGAGAGACAUUAAAGAAUGGAAGCCAGCUGUGGACCUGGCAGCUAUGGACUGUGCUGCAGACGUGAAUAGAUUUACCUGUGGCAUGUUCGGUAUCAGAGGAUAUCCAAGUAUAAAGUUAUUUCGUGCUUAUUCCAAACCUGAGUCAACAGGACAGAUCUUAAGAGGUUUUCCUCGUGACCUUCAAGGUCUCCGACACUUAAUUAUAGACAAACUAGAGAAGCAUGAGGAGCCCUGGCCCCCAGCCUGCCCCCCCCUGGAACCUGCCAGUCAAGCAGAGAUUGACAGCUUCUUCGAGACCAAUAACGUCCAACACCUGGCCUUGAUCUUUGAGAAUGUCAAUUCUUACGUAGGCCGAGAGGUAACGCUCGACCUGUUACAGUUUGAUAACAUUGCAGUACGGAGAGUCCUGAACACUGAGGAGGGUCUGAUAACCAAACUGGGAGUUACUGAAUUCCCAUCAUGUUACCUUUACUACCCUGGAGGCAACUACACCAGACUGAGAGUUAAUAUCGAGGCCCGUACUUUCUACUCUUACGCCCUCCAGAGGUUACCAGGAGUGGUGCGGUCAGGGAAACCUCCACCGGUUAAAACAGAACUCUUACAAAACAACACAGAGGAGCCAUGGAAACCCUUCAACAGGUCCAGGGUGUAUAUGGCAGAUCUGGAAUCAACGCUGCACUACUCUCUACGUUCAGAGCUCGCAGCUUAUCCUUCCAUCAGAGGUGCUGCCCUCAAUGCUCUCAAAAAGUACAUCUCAGUCCUCAAAAAGUACUUCCCGGGCCGUCCUAUGGUGAUGAACUUGUUGUGGUCUGCUGACUCUUGGCUUCAGAAGCAGACUGGUGAUGCUGUGUCCUAUGAGGCAUUCAGGGAGAUACUGGACAACUCAGAGCAGUUGCCAGACACUGCUUUGCCUGAAGGACUGACGUGGGUCGGCUGUCAGGGUUCACAGCCUCACUUCAGACGGUAUCCAUGUGGAGUGUGGACUCUGUUCCAUGUUCUUACAGUGCAGGCCAUGAACUCCUCAGAUCCCCAGGAGGUUCUGUCUGCAAUGAGGGACUACAUUGGUAUAUUCUUUGGCUGCAGGCCAUGCGCUGAACAUUUCAAGACCAUGGCAGAGGAGAGUAUGGCAGAAGUAAUUACCACAAAAAUGGCAGUACUGUGGCUUUGGACCAUCCACAACCGUGUAAAUAACAGACUGGCAGGUGCACUGAGCGAAGACCCCAACUUUCCCAAGAUCGAGUGGCCUUCACCAGAAUUGUGUUCGGCCUGCCAUACGGUGAAGGAGAACGGAGACCAUAAGUGGAAUCAGGAGGAGGUUCUCCCUUUCUUCGUGUCUUACUACUCCAAAAACACAAUCCUCACAGACUACCUUGAAGAUGAAAGUCUGAUCCUGGAAAAACAGAGGGAAAAACACGCUUCAGAAGCAAGAAAACGAGUUGGAAGACAAGCUGGAGAGGCCACAGGCUCCAUGACAAACCCUCUAUCAACACAACCCACUGCGCAAGAACAUGAAGAGGAGGAGGACAACGAAGAAGAGGAAGAAGGGCCUCAGGAUGAAGCAGUGGUAGACGAAGAAGCACGUUAUGUUGAUGGAGCAGAGGAGAUGGUGAGUAAGACAUCUGAGUCUCCCUGGUCCAAAUCAGACCUAGGGAGCAGGCGGCAGGUGCACAGGAAGCUGAGCAUCGUGGGAAUAAGGAUGCGAGAGCAGCAGGAAGACAUCGUGGAUUUGGAUUCCUUUGUCAACCGGCACUACAAGGCCAAGGCGCUACGCCUUGCUGCAUCCAGCCGAGUCAAACAACGCACACUGCAGAGGAAGGAGGAGCAGGAACCAGCACCAGUGUUCGGCCUUGGCAUGGAGCUGGACGGGGGCCUUGGCAUGGUCGGCUUGCAGCCGCUGGAGACACACUUUAACAUAGAUGUGGGGCAGCCAGGGAAACGACUACAGAAGCGAGAACUGACAGGGGAGUACUUUGGAGCAGAGGUGGAGAUGAGCCAUAGGAGACGCUGGAUGACGGCGUUAAGCAUUGGAUUCUCCAAAGUGGACAUCAGCCUGUGUGUCAUUCUUUACUUCCUCUCCUUUAUGUGUCUUCUGGCCAUGUACCUGUUCUUUAAAAACCGCCUGAGGCUACGGCGAGCAAAAACAGCCCUGCCUUGAACCAAAGAGUAUUCACAGUGUGACUUACCUGAAUGACUAACAUCCCUUAGGUUCAUAUGGCGCAGAUCAGAGUUAAUGUCGGGGGUGUGUCCAGAUUAGUUCCACUCUAAUUAGUCCACUUGACCACAGCCACAGAAGGCAGAGGCCUGGUUCAGUGAUGUUUUACCCAGUGUUGUGGUUGUGGUAAGUUUGGGAGCUGGAGAGGAGGAGAAGGGAAAAUUAGUAGCAGAUUAACUUGAAAAUCUUUUUUUUUUAAAUCAGUGCAGUUUUGUAAGCUUAUACCUAAUCCGGCCACCAGAGCUUUUCACCUCAGCUGUGGAAAAUAUGAGUUUAGAGAUUUAUAUUUCCAUGAGUUUGUGGAAGUGAAAGGUGAUCACUUGAGCUUUUAAUUCUGUUUGACCACUUAAAGAAUAAAUUAAAUCCAGUAUGAAAUGAAUGGGUUUUUUAAAUUUAUAUGAAAUUAAUACAACUAAUGUGUUUUUUUUUCUGUUUCACUGAAGUUAUGUGUCUUUAUAUAUGAUGAUUUUACAAAAUUUCAUAAGAAAAUGAAAAUAACUUACACUGCUUCUCUGUGUAGUAAAAAUAGGACCAAAAAUAAUGUUUUAGAAUCUUUUUCCAUAUAUUUCGUGUCUGAUUGUGAAUUUUUAAAGGCCAAUAUAAUAAUGCAAAACCCUGGGGAAAAAAAUCUGUACUGUCUCAAAUGUGCAAUUUUGACCUAGAAACUGGAAAAGUGUUGAAAUUCAAAGAAAUAAAUUAGUAAAUUAAUCAAACUAAACUCCAAAAAUCUAGGCAAUUCUUUGGACAAGUUAAAUUGUUUAGCGGUUAUGAUGCCUCAGUUUUAACAGUUGCUCCUGAGAAGCCUCUAUCAGAGCUGAAUUCUCUCUUUGAAAUGGCUUAUUGGCACCAUCACAUUAAUCUCUAAUAUCUAUACAUAAAAAUAAUGUAAUAGGAAAUAUUUGAAUGAUUUUCCUUACAUAGAACAGCUGAAUGUGAAUUAAAACACCAGUGAUUUAUGCUAUGUUUCAGAAGUCUACCAAUAUAAAAUCUUUUUUUUUUCUUCCAGACAGUGUCUUGAUGUUUUGGAUCAUGUUCCAUAAUUCAUUUGGUUUUGUCCCAUAUCAGCAGGUCUACUCAUCUGUUGUUGGAGAAUUAUUGCAGUGUAUUUUUGAAAAGUAGCAGGUCCUGCUAACGUCCACCAGAAACCAGUGAGGCCCAUUGGCUGUUGCACUGGUGAGGCUUAGAUGAUUUGAUACUGACAGUUACAUCACUUCUGUGAGUAUUACAUCACACUGCUGAGUCUACAGAUGCACCUGCUCAACCACAGACUCGAUUUAUGAAGUGUUGUAUUCUGAGCAAUGCAUAUGUUCACACUGGAACAGGUUUUAGAAUAAGCAGGAUUUGGUUUUUUUUGGUCACAAUGUAAAUCUUCACUGUUCAUCUAAAACAAAACUGAUUCUGUUUUUUGUUUGUUUCUUCACUUCUGUCUGAGUUCAAUAAAGUUAUUUUUGAUAAAGACUCAA